AUGUAUAAAUUUUAUUUAUCAUUAUUGUUGAUUACAUUCCUAAUAUCUUAAUCAUAUAGCUAGGUUUAUGGUUGCUAAAGAGUAAAGUAGCUCAAAUCCAUUCUGAGAGGCAAUAACAAAAAUGUUAUAAGUUAUGAGAAUGGCUCUUUGUUGGCAAGUAGAAAAUAAAACUUAUUUAACGGAUCGGGAAAAUCGACAGGAAUACUUUUUAGAAAUGAGAUUUAUGAAAAUUCACUUGAUCUAAAAGGUACUUAUUGCAGCAUUAGUUAUUCCUUAAUAAUAAAUUUGAGAUAAAAUUAUGAAUUGAAUAAUCUUAUUUUAUGGCUAUGGGAUGGAGAAACACGAUAUUACAAUCUUAUCGUAUAUGCUAUAUACUCUGAAAAGGAGACAAUUAUUUUUGAUUCAGUGUCUGCAUCAGCAAUCGUUCAUAUUAAAUUUCCUGUUCAGAUUGUUUAGCUAUUUAGAAUAUAUAACAGAAACGGAAACACUUCUUCAUAAUCAACAAAUAUAGUUAAAGUAGAGGCCUUUUAUAGAGUUUGA